ACUCAAUGCAACGCGUGAGCAGUGAGCACACCAAACCGCCCACCUUCUCAUUCGUGGCUCAGUUUCAGAGAAGGCAGUCACUCCACCACGCUUGCAGGAUACCAAAAUACCAUUAUAACACUUGGCUACGACGGGCCAAUGAACUCUCCUGCAUAGUGAGUUCAAAUGGCAGUUGUUACGCAAAAAUUAUUGAUACUGGAGGAAAAAUGUUCUAAUCUACCAAAUUGAAUACCAGAGAAUUGAAACUGAGGGGAGACCUCGGGCGUCUUGAGUCCUGCAUACCCACUAUAAUGAAUACGCGCGAAAACCCAAACGUAAGGCGACUCUCGGAAUGAACUACAAUGACAACUUGCGAGGACAAGUGGCCAACAACAAACCUCAAUAUCAGCCCAGCGCGCAAUCAUUGCGGCUCAUCAUUCUGCUGAUCCUCGUCAUGGGGGUGGCCCCGUCCCCGGCUCUGACGGCGGGAUGCCCGGCCCGCUGCGUGUGCGAUGACCAGCUGGUGGUCCAGUGCGCCGGGCAGCACCUCACCACCUUCCCCACCGAAAUGCCGCUCUCCACGCGGCAGCUCAUCAUCUCCAACAACCGCAUCAUUGAGCUACCACCGCUUCAGCUCAACUACCUGUCGGACUUGGUGUAUUUGGACUGUAGCAACAAUUCACUGACGGAGAUUUCGGAGUCCACUUUCGGGAACCUGCGGAAACUUGCUUACCUGGAUUUGUCUUUCAACACCUUGACGCGGAUAGAGGACAGGACGUUCGGGCCGCUGUCCAGCCUCGUGAUGCUGAGGAUGACGGACAACCCCGGCCUGUCGGACAUUCACCCAGACGGUUUCGUGGAGAACUCGGCGCUGCAGGUGCUGGACGUGAGUAGAAACAACCUGACAGUGCUCAACAUCAGCUCUCUCAUCGGGCUGCCCACCCUGCGCUCUGUCGGCCUCAGUGGGAAUCCCUGGAGCUGCGACUGCGACAAUGAAGACCUCUGUCUUUGGAUCCACAUUGAGGCAUUCAAGUUUCAAGACGAGGGCCAGACUGUGUGCGGUGGUCCUCCUGACCUGCGGGGGCAGCGUCUGGGUGAGCUGGGGCUGCAGCUGCGGUCGCGGUGCCACCAGGGCCUGGGAUCGUGGGACUACCUGUUCUUCGUCGCCAUCGGCUUCAUCAUCUUCGCGGCGGGCACGGUGUCUGCGUGGGCCAUCGGGGUGGUCAUGGUGCUGUACGAACGCUACGUCAAGAAGAAGAGCGAGCAGAUGGACCCCGAGGAUGAGGUGGAGCAGGGCGCAGGACCUGGCACGGGGAGCGGGGGUCGUCACGAUGCAAAUCCACAUGGCAAUGGAGGUUUGAAAAACACUGGUCACAUGGUGGUUUGACUCCUCCCUGUAGCCCCCCCCUUCCGGCUGUGCCUCGGAACCCACAGAAUUACAAAACCUAUGAUGUCAUAGGAUGGCAGAGAUUAAGAAGAAACUUCAAAGUAGAGCACACUGGGAUUUCUAUUGACUCCCUUGUAAAAGACAAACGAGAGACAACACAGAGAUUUGCCUGACUGUCAUUGAGAUUGAGAGUUGAAUGGUCAUAGUCAUAUACACUGAAUGUACAAAACAUUAGGAACACCUUCCUGAUAUUGAGUUGCACCCCCUUUGGCCCUCAGAACAGCCUCAGUUCGUCGGGACAUGGACUCUACAAGGUGUCGAAAGCGUUCCAUAGGGAUGCUGGCCCGUGUUGACUCCAAUGCUUUCCACAGUUGUGUCAAGUUGGCUGGAUGUCCUUUGGGUGGUAGACCAUUAUUGAUACACACGGGAAACUGUUGAGCGUGAAAAACCCAGCAGCGUUGCAGUUCUUGACACAAACCGCUGCGCCUGGCACCUACUACCAUGCCCCGUUCAAAGGCACUUAAUGUGUAUGUGUGCCAUGUCUAUGUGUGCCAUUCAAGUUCUGAAUGGCUCACAUACACAAUCCGUCUCAAUGGUUCAAGUCUUAAAAAUCCUUCUUUAACCUGUCUCCUCCCCUUCAUCUACACUGAUCGAAGUGGAUUUAACAGGUGACAUCAAUAAGGGAUCAUAGCGUUCACCUGAAUUCACCUGGUCAGUCUAUGUCAUGGAAAGAGCAGGUGUUCCUAAUGGUUUUAUUAUAUAGGCCUAAUCAUAAUCAUAUUGCAGGACAUCUCUCCUUUUCUGACAUGACUGGUUUAUGUCAUGACUGGUUUAUGACCGCUACACAACAAAUACCAUUUAUCAGGAGUGCGACAUCACAGCCUAUUUCAUCUCAGAGCCUUUGCCAAGGCAGGAGAAUCCUGUAUUGAUGAACAAAAUAUUGAACAACAAUUCGUCUUUUGCAUAAAAGUGUGGGCUGUAGCAUUUACUUUUAAAUUGUUCGAAUAGACAUUCAAUCUUACAGAAUGCGCGGCCAGUGUUUGGCACUUGCAAUUUUAGUUUGAAAAAGUCACUGCAAAAGAUUAAUACAUUCUGCCCACACCUCUACAGAAAUGUGAUUAAAUUUGCCAUUGCACUUUCUUUAAGAAACUAUCAUGGCCCAGUUCCAACAUCUCCAAAUCAUACAGCAAAGGCAUUUUUGUUAUCAUAAAAGGUGAAUGGAGGGCGUUUUCCAGGCAGGGUUGUAACGCUCGUUCACGAGAAUACAAAUAUACAGUGUUGUAUGCCUUUGAUUUAUUUAGGGAGACAUUAACUCACGAUUGAUACAUGAGGCCCCUGUUCCUCUCGGGUUCUGUGUGAGUGUGUGUGUGUGUUGGGAGUUUGACCCUUUACUAUUACCCAAGUAGAGCCCUGUCUGAUGAUGGACUUGGCUUUAACCCAGCAUGCUGUUGGAGCUUUUCUGGCUGGCCUCUCAGUGGGGCCAGGUAAACACAGAAUGUGAUAAUUGAUUCCCAGUGUUCCUGCUGUCCCUGGUUAGAACAAUGCACAGAGUCCCAUUCACCUUAGCUGUCUCCACAUGCGCUGACUGCACCAAAAGCCUUAUUGAAGUACGGAACUAUUUCUACAGCAAUAGCACAAAACACUACUGUGAAUCGGAAUGAUUAUUAUGAAGCACAGUACUAGGCCUACUUUGGCACAGUUGCUUUAAUCUAAUCCAAACCCCUGAAAAUACUACUGACCAUCUAUCGUUCACUGGCUUCUUUUUAAAGCUAAAUUCAGAUCACAUGGAUCAACACUCACUGCACUCCCUAUCUGUCCUGUCGGUCUUCCGGCUGCACUCUGACGGGGAUCCUGACUCUUGACUGUUAUAAACGUAGGUGAGUCUCCCCUAUUCACCCCAACAACAACAGCUGCCUCAAGGAAAGGCUGCGGUGGGAUUACACUGGCUCUGAGGGGCUGUCAGAGGACAUAUCCAUUACACAAAGGAUUGAUCAGCUGGAGUGGUGGUGUGAGAGGGAAUAAAGUUAUAUGACUGACAGAGAAGCCAACAUGAGACAUACUUGGUGCACCCAAGUCAGUUUGUCACCCCUACCACACACACACACACACACACACACACACACACACACACACACACACACACACACACACACACACACACACACACACACUAGGAGGUGAUGCACAUGGUUGUUACAGAGAUAGACUGGGGUCCAAGGUGCCCCCAAGGUUAAUGCACUACAUUAAUGUACAGCCAGUGUUAAUGUCAUAACUUCUGUUCUGAUGUAUCUAACCGACUGGAAGCAUGUUCUCUAGGAAUAGGAGAGGGAGCGUUGAGUGUUGGGCUGGUGUCCUGAUCAAAGCAGAAAUGUUAUUACAGUUAAAUGACUUUUAUAGUGACAAUGUCUAUGACACUCUGUUUCUAGUCAGCACCAGGCAAGUUUGAACCAGGAGAUACACUGGCCAAAAGUAUGUGGACACCCCUUCAAAUUAGUGGAUUCGGCUAGGUCAGCCACACACAUUGCUGACAGGUGUAUACAACCGAGCACACAGCCAUGCAAUCUCCAUAGACAAGCAUUGGCAGUAGAAUGUCCCAUACUGAAGAGCUCAGUGACUUUCAACGUGGCACCGUCAUAGGAUGCCACCUUUCCAACAAGUCAGUUUGUCAAAUUUCUGCCCUGC